CAAUUUAUUUUUCUUUUUCCAUUUGGACAAAUGAGUAGAAGUUUUCAGUGAUCGUUCUUUCUUUUUUUCCUUUUUUUUUUUCGAGUAGUAAUGGCAGAUGGAACAGAAGAAGCUCUUCACGAUGGAAUAAAUCGAAAGCUCCGAGAUCCUGCUUUAAUGAACAGUUCAAGCCAUAUGAUUUUCAAAGUGCCUUAUCCUUUACGCGAGAUAAAUGAAAAGGCCUAUGAACCUCUAGUGAUCUCCAUUGGCCCUUACCACCAUGGUAAAAAGCACCUGAAGGCGAUGGAGGUGCAGAAAAUGAAGAGUCUAAAAUCGAUUCUUGACCACACAGGAGAAAAUAGUGUGGAGAGAUAUGUGAGGGCCUUGGAAGAAAUAAAAGAAAUAAUUCGCGGGUUUUAUUCAGAAAAUCUGGAUAUUAGUGGGGAAGAACUGGUAGAAAUGAUGCUUCUUGAUGGAUUCUUUAUCAUUGAGCUUAUUUUCCCCCGUACAAAUGCGCUUGCAAAUAUUAAUCAGACUAAUGUAUUGCGCGAUCUGCUGCUAGUUGAAAAUCAGCUUCCUUUCUCUGUACUCUCCAAGCUACAUUCCAUGUCUAUGAAUCAGCCGAAUCAGGCCACUGUCCAAGGUGUAAUUGAUGGCUUCGAUGGAAUCGUGCCAGGACUUCCAUCUCAAGAACCUGCCGGGAGUCAAGAAGGAAUGCAGCCACCAGCUCAAAGUAUAGUACGUACCGAGAAUCUGGACGCCAAGCAUAUGCUCGGCUUGCUCCAUGAUCAUGUAAUUCGUAUACCUGGAGGGGUACCUAGUUCAGCAGCAGCAAGUUCUCCAUGGUGGUGGCGCUCUUUAGCGCAGUCCUUGCUGAAAUGGGUAAUUCCAUGUUUAGCAUCAGCAUCGGCACCCGAAGAUUCAGCAUCGGCACCCGAAGAUUCAGCAUCGGCAUCCGAAGAUUCAGGGUUUAAACGCCGGGAAUGGGAUUUCAUUCGUUCUGCAACUGAGCUCAAUGAGGCCAGAGUCAAGUUCCAGAAAAAAGAGGGGAACUUGUUUGAUAUAGAGUUUCAAAAGGGGGUGAUGUCAAUUCCAACCCUACAAGUCGAUGAUGAUACAGAAUCCCUCUUUCGAAAUUUCGUUGCUUAUGAACAGUGCAAGGAGGGCAUUUCCUCAACACCCUUCACGGAUUAUAUUACAUUCAUGGAUUGCCUCAUCAACACAGGAAAGGACGUUGGAUUACUUUAUCGCUGUGGAGUUCUUGAUAAUUGGUUGGGUGAUCAUGAAGUCGUUGCCACCAUGUUUAACAGACUCGGCGACUCUGUUUUGAUUUUUGAAGGGAACUUCUUCUAUGCCAAGAUAUUUAUCGAAGUAAACGAACAUUGCAGAAAAAGGAGGAACCGGUGGAUGGCAAACUUUAGGCACAAUUACGUUAACACUCCGUGGGCGUUAAUUUCCAUCAUUGCUGCGGUUAUCUUGCUUCUACUUACUGUGCUGCAAAGUGUAUAUUCAGUUCUCGCUUACUAUCAUCAGCAUUAAGUAUGGGAAAUCUCCUCUCUAGACAAUAGCGGCAGGAAUAUGGUGGAGUAUCAAGAGUGAAAGUCGUGUUCCAUUUAAAUCAUAUGUUAUGUUUGCUGUUAUAGGGUUUGGCAAUAAGUGAACUUAGAAGUU